UUUAUAGAUUAUGAAAAAGAAAAGGAAGUUGAAGGAAAUUAUAGACGAAGAAAAAUCUAACAAAAAAUCCACUGUGGAUACCUCUGUCGAAGCUCCUAAAAUUAACGUUACUGAACAAGAAACUACUGCAAAAAUGUCUAGAAAGAAUAAAAGAAAAAAGAAGGGGUUGUCAAAAGGAGAUCUCAAUCGAGGAGCAUUAAAACCAAAGAAAAGUGCAGAAACUGCGGAAAAUCCUUUUGAGACCUGUGAUAUCAGUAUUCUAAAAAACUUUGGUGAUAUCAAGACUAAAGAUGUCCAAACUCUUAUCCUUCACUAUCUAGGUUGCACUAAGCACUGCCCAGAAUGGUGUUUGGUAACCAACAGAGGUGCCGGCCACAAUGUUUGUGUAGUUAUGCUUGAAGCCCUUUACCCUUUUGUGUACAAGACGAUGAGUUUGAACAUGCCAAAUUUCACAACCCUCUUUCCUAACGGGCCCAUUGAAAUACAAAAUCCUGGCAGUGAACUCUACGUUACACCAGCUGGGUCAGCUAUAUUGGAAAAAGAGCCCAAGAAAAGAGCAAACGAUUCCUCUUCUAAGAAUGGUCGAGAUGAACCAGCGCUACCUCCAGUGCAGGACUACAUCUUACUUCCUGAGUAUAUGUUAGCUCAUGAGUACCCUUCUGAGGAUACACUCAAUAAGGAACCUGGCUGGCGAAGGUUCACUGGCAACAUAACUGUGAAAGCAAAAGAGUACCCUCUGUACGCUAUUGAUUGUGAGAUGUGUAAAACAGCUGAGGGAUCAGAGGUUACGCAGAUAGCGAUUAUUGACGAGUGUUUCAACUGUCUCUACAAAACGUACAUCAAGCCAGCCAACCCUAUUAUAGACUACGUAACAGCCUACAGUGGAAUUACGGCAGAAAUAUUAAAAGAUGUGACCACUACCCUAGCAGAUGUGGUGAAACACAUGAACAAUAUCCUGCCUACACAAGCUAUUUUUGUGGGACAUUCUCUUGAAAACGAUUUGAGAGCUCUAAAAAUGUACCAUGACAAAGUAGUUGACACAGCUACGAUAUACAGCUCCGGCAAAGGGGGCAGUUUGAAACCUGGUCUGAGGUUUCUAGCAUUGAAGUAUUUGAGAGCAAAGAUUCAGGACUCAGCCAGUGGUCAUGAUCCUUGUGAGGAUGCCAUGACGUGUAUGAGACUUGUCAAACUCAAAGUUAAAAAGGGACCUAAAUUUGGAAUAUUAGCCAGUGGAAACGAAAAUUCUUUAUCAGUAUACUUGACGAAACAAAGCAAAACCGGUGUCUUCAUCGACAAACCAAUAGUAGCGCAGCAGCACUGUCGAGGACUUGCGCAUGCGCUUCCCGCUACUUCCGACGAACAGGGACUCGACACUCUCCUCCGCAGACUCUCCUCCAAGUCAGAGUUCUACUGGUUCCACAUGUACAAGUUGGAGCCCAUCUACCGGCAAUGCACCACCAUACACGAUAUGAUAAACAAUCCUCAGCUAUCUGAUGCCCUGAACUACAUUGACGAGAGUGUUCAGAAAAUCUACGCCGCGCUGCCAGCGGACACUCUGUUUGUAGUAUACAGUGGGUGUAGCGGAUACUGGAAGAAACCUGAGUUCAAUGGCAGUGAUGAAGCUAUGAAGAAACUGAUGGCUAAUAUCGUAGCUCAAGUUAGGAGAGGACUACUCUUCAUGAAAGUUAAAAACUAGUUGUAGUGAAGCAGUCCUCAAACAUUUUAUAUGCAAGUUAUAUCCGCAAUCUCUAAUAUACCACAAUUUUUAAUGAAAAUACCACAAUUUUUAAACGAAAAUUUUACAUCACUUUUGAUAGUGUUAACCUGGAUAUAUGAUUAACGUCAAAAUUGUUAUGAUGUACACUUUUAUCCUGGUUUCAGGUUUGCAAUGUUUGUGAACAUUGUCCUAUUAUCAUGCUAAUAGAAAUCAGAAUAAGAGAACUAUCUAGUUUUGUUGGUAUCUUCAAUCUGAAUGGUCAAUUUAUAAUGGGGUAUUUAUAAUUGCAUUUAUUAUGAUCCCGUUUAUACAAUAUGCUAUGAUCUACUUUCAUAUUUAAUUUGGUAUCUAUUCGGGAGUCCCUAUAAUAUACUGGUAUACUGGCGUCGACACCCUGCAAUUAAAGCUCUUAUUUUAAAAGGCAGUUUUUUUAAUGGUUUACUUUUAAAAUCUAAGUUUGUGAUAAAAAAGGUGCUGAUAAUCUGGUUAUUUUUUCAGACUGUGUGGAUUAUGUCAGAGCUGUAGAUUUACAGUUACUUUGAAGAUGGAAUCAUUCAAAUUAUACACAGACAUCACUGUUUUUUAGCUUUACUAGCUCACUUUUUGAAAAUGUUUGGUAUACUUAUAGAUGUCUUGAUAGGGACAGUAAUGAUUGUAGCUGGUUAUUUAAAAUUAGUA